CUUGAGUCUUUCUUGCUGUAGCUCAGUCUCUCUGGUCUGCCUGAGACACACUAGGAAAAAGGGUCGCCGGGCUGCAUGCUACAGCCACAACGGUGGACUUUCUCAUUGGGAGGCAAUUCUGCGGCAGUAGACCAUUCUGAGGCAAUGCUAAGGAAAGGUCCGUUAGUCCUGUCAUCUGGAUUCUAGAUGAGGAUGCUUUAAAGAAGUACAUUCUGUACCCAUUAGAGCUCAGGAUUCUGGGAUACGCACAGGAACACAGCUGACGGAGUUUGCCAACUGACUCUAUACCUCUGAAUAGGACUGAGAAGAGCAGUUGAACAGGUAGAUGGAGAAGCAGCUGACUAUUGGCCUGUCUCUGUUGCUGGGGCUCCUCCUAGUCAUGCCUGAGGUGGGGGGGCGGAAGGAAGAGUCCCAGAAGCGCCCGUCCCGCUCCUCAGAGCUAAAAGCAGGCCGCUGCUCCUACACCUUUAUCAUUCCCCAGCAGAAACUGAAAGGGGCGCUGUGCGUGAGCACCGAGUCCACCACCGGAGCCUCCAACCACUCAGAGGUAACGGCUCUGCGGGGUGAGUUCAGCCGUCAGCAGGAACAGCUGGAGAAGCUGAGGAGCCAGCUAGAACAGGAGGGGGCCCUGGUUACGGAGGUAGGGGCACUACGGAAAGAGAGCGGCAGCAUGAACUCCCGCAUUGCCCAGCUCUAUGCCCAGCUGCUGCACGAGGUCAUGUACAGGAAGGACCAGGUGAUCGAACAGAGGCGGGUCGAGAACCUACUGCUCAACGUCACCGCACAGAUGCUGCAGAUCUCCACUAGUUACAGGGAGCUGGAGAAGAAGUAUGGAGCCCUCACCUCCAUGAUGAGCAACCAGAGUCAGCUCAUCGCUCGGCUGGAGAAGCUGUGCCAGGCCACCAAGAACACUACCCCACCUCCACAGAUGACCUCUGAACCCCUGAGUAUCCAGUCCAGUGGGUGUCUGAAUGACAGCUCACAGUCCAAGGAGAUGGCUAAUGAUGUUCAGAGAGACCAGGGUUCCCCUCCACUACAGCCACAGGAGGAGAGAGAACCCCUGCAGGGGACAAAGGUGCUCCCCACCAACAUGGCCGACACCCCUACCGACGCCCCCUUCAUAAGCUUCCCUGUCACUAAGACCCCAGGACCCUGGAGGGACUGCCAGCAUGUGCUGGACUCGGGCGAGACCACCAAUGGGAUCUACCUGCUGCGUCCACAGAGCGCCAACCGGCUUCUGCAGGCCUGGUGUGAACAGACCAAGGCCCAGGGAGGCUGGACCGUCAUCCAGAGGAGACAGGACGGAUCAGUCAACUUCUUCAGGACCUGGGAGCAGUACAAGCAAGGCUUUGGGAACCUGGAUGGAGAGUACUGGCUGGGUCUGGAGCACCUCUACUGGCUGACCAAGCAGGCCCACUACAAGCUUCGUGUGGCCAUGGAGGACUGGCAGGGCCGGCAGGUGUUUGCAGAGUACGACAGCUUCCGCCUGGAGCCUGAGAGCGACUGGUACCGUCUGAGGCUGGGGGAAUACCAAGGCAACGCCGGAGACUCAAUGUCCUGGCACAAUGACAAAGCCUUUACAACUCUGGACAAGGAUAAGGAUGCUUAUUCAGGGAACUGUGCCCACUUCCAGAAGGGGGGCUGGUGGUACCACAUGUGUGCCCACUCCAACUUAAACGGCGUGUGGUAUCGAGGGGGUCACUACCGCAGCCGCUACCAGGACGGGGUUUACUGGGCAGAGUUCCAUGGGGGCUCCUACUCCCUCAAGACAGUCACCAUGAUGAUCAAACCCACCUAACCCUCUUCCCAUUAGAUAUACACCACAGGAGGUUGGUGGCAUCUUAAUUGGGGAGGACGGGCUCGUGGUAAUGGCUGGAGUGGAAUAGUUUCAAAUGUGUUUGAUGCCAUUCCAUUCACUCCGUUCCAGCCAUUAUUAUGAGCCGUCCUCCCCUCAGCAGCCUCCUGUGUUAUACACAUGUCAAUCAUGCAUCACAGCAAUAUUAUGGUUCCUUCAUGGAUGAGGAAGGAUGUUAAUGAAGUUCUUAUAUGUUAAACAGGUAUGUUAAUAAGACAGCGUUAGACUGACAUGCCAACACAACAUGUGGAAUUGUUUUAUAACUGCAAUGUAUUUAUUUGAUAAAAAAUUGCAAAAAAAUGUUUGAAGAUUACACCACAAGGUGAAGUAGGAGUCCGUUUCUUUUGCUAAUGAGAACUGACGUUGUGGUUUGAUGCAGUGGUGUAAAGUACUUAAGUAAAAAAUACUUUAAAGUACCACGUAAGUCGUUUUUUGGGGGUAUCUGUACUUUACUAUUUAUAUUUUUGAUGACUUUUACUUUAUUACAUUCUUGAAGAAAAUAAUAUACUUUUUACUCCAUACAUUUUCCCUGACACCCAAAAGUACUCAUUACAAUUUUAAUGCCUACCAGGACAGGAAAAUGGUCUAAUUCACGCACAUUAAGAGAAAAUCCCUGGUCAUCCCUACUGCCUCUGAUCUGGCAGACUCACUAAAUACAAAUGCUUUGUUUAUA